UACAGUGACCCUGCUGGAUAUUGUUGUUGUUGGUCGGUUCACAGAUAAAAUAACAAUCUCUCUUUUCUAUCUUCUUCUGCACUUUCUGCACUCUAGUUAAUUUCCACUAUUUUAUUCUUUCUCUCACACCCCUCAUCAUCAUCAUCAUUAUCAUUUUUCUCUCUGAUACAAACCAUACUAUUCACACCCUCCCAUACUCUGCAGCCCCCUCUCUUUUCUCACCUUCCCCAUUCUUCUUCUCCUCUCUUUCAUGGAUGUGGACAUAGUGAAAACUUCCAACAACAACAACAACAUGGACGUUAUGGCAAUGAUGAUGCAAAUGGAAAAGUUCCCCGAAUUAUUAUUCUGCGACGACCCUUUUUAUACCACCACACCCACUUACCAAGAAACCGAUUUGUUAUCAAGUGGAAGAAGCUCCUCAUCAACAACCAGCGCUUCCACCCUAUUCAACAACAAUGUAACAACCACAAUUCCACCGACGACAACACCGUCAAAUAAUGUUGUCCAAUUUUCCAACAUUGAUGACCUUUUCCAACAACAACCACCUAUGUCACAGUCCCUUCAACUUCAACCCUACCCUUCUGAAAAGAAGAAGAAGAACAACAACUCGAUGGCGGCGAUGAGGGAGAUGAUAUUCCGGAUAGCGGUGAUGCAACCGGUUCACAUCGACCCGGAAUCCAUAAAGCCACCCAAAAGAAGAAACGUGAAGAUCUCGAAGGAUCCACAGAGCGUGGCGGCGCGGCACCGGAGAGAGAGGAUAAGCGAGAGGAUAAGGAUUCUACAGAGACUGGUCCCUGGCGGCACAAAAAUGGACACUGCUUCGAUGCUGGACGAGGCUAUUCACUACGUCAAGUUCUUGAAGAAACAGGUGCAGACGCUGGAACAAGCAGGGGCAAAUAGGUCACCACACAGUAGUAAUAAUAAUAAUAAUAUUCUCAAUACUACUCACGUUGUUGGUGCUGUUGGUUUUCCGCUAGGGAUGUCUUCUAAUUACUCCAAUAAUAUAAUUAGUAAUGUUGUUAAUUAUUCUUUGUUGAUGAAGGGUGGUUGCCAACCUUGUCAAGUGUUCGGUUCCACUUCUAAACAAUUGCUCAGCUAAUUAUAGUUGAGAGGGGAAGUUUUGUGAGAGGGAAUUUGCUUGUUUUUAUGAUGAGAAGCAGUGGGUUGGGUUCUGUAGUGUUAAUUAAUUGGUGUAUGCAUGGGUUCGGUGGGUCGUGAUGAAGAACAUGUUUUCUCCAUGUUGUUGCCGUUGUUGCAAAUGAAUUUCUUUUGCUUUUACAAUGGUCGGAAGGUGAUAAAUCGAAGUUUCAAUAACGUAAUGGAUGAAUCUGUUCUACAUUUUUUACAAAUGAUAUUUAAAUAUCGUAAUAUAUCUCAUUAA